AUCCAGCAUCAGGACACCGUGCGUCUGGAUUCGCGCCACCUCGGGGAUUGUCGGGUGUCGAUUGUCAACCAGUUCAGUUUUUCGCCCGCGAAAAAGAAUUAUCUCGGCCUUUGAGAAGAGCGAUCUUCGCUCUGGUGGAGGGCGCUGACCCCUGACAACUGUCGUCGGUGAAGAAGAGAGAGAGAAAGAGAGAGACAAAGGGAAGAAAAAUUAGAAGUUCAACGGGGGAAAAGAUGAGAGUGUACGUGAUAUCGGUUCUUGUGGUCCUUGCCCUGGGACUCGGUGAUGCGGCUAGAAGGAGAGACAGAUUUACAACGACGAAGUCGCUCGUCGAUAGACAGCUCGCCUUCGCUGGACAACCCGAAGAACUGGACUCCACACUGUGGAGCAACUUUGACAGCCACAGGCUGAAUGUUCGUGCGGGAAUCUGGAAAAACGACACGUCGGGAAACAGAAUCGUUCUUAACAGCGCCAGACAGUAUCCGGGACUUCCGAGCAAUCCGGGCGACACAAACGAGCUUCCGAAUCCCAUUUCACCACCUGAGCAACCGGCACCGCCGCCGUAUAAACCCCCGCCGGGCUGCCUGGGGCCGAGGGGCCAGUACUCGAGCCCGAAGAGCUGCGCCGACUAUCUAAAUUGCUGGGACGACGUGGUGAUCGAGCAGACCUGCCCGGCCGGGCUACUCUUCAACGACGUCGCCGGUUACUGCGACUUCGCGUACAACGUCAACUGCGGUGAACGACAGCCCGCUACGGCGAAACCACCAUUGCCGGCGGGAUCGAAGCUAUGCCCGGAUCCGAACGGACGUUACAGAAGCGCGAGCAACUGUUCGGAAUUCUACGUAUGUGCCGCGGGCAAGCCCGUAAAAUUCUACUGUCCUCUCGGUCUGGUCUACAGUGACGUACUGAAUGUCUGCGACUAUCAAUAUAACGUGGACUGCAAAGGCACGGCCACGCCGAAACCAUUGAAGCCUACACAAUCUCCGCCGACUCAAUCUUCUCCGCAACCUUCUUCUCCGCAGCAAUCUUCCACCUAUGCCCCUAUAACCAAGCCGCCCACUGCUCCCCCUAAACCGUCGACUUAUCCACCUCAGCCACCGACCUAUCAGCCUCAACCACCGACUUAUCAGCCUCAACCGCCGACUUACCAGCCUCAACCACCGACCUAUCAGCCUCAACCGCCGACUUAUCAGCCUCAACCACCGACCUAUCAGCCUCAACCGCCGACUUACCAGCCUCAACCAUCGACUCACCAGCCUCAACCACCGACUUACACUCCGCAACCUCCGACUUAUGCGCCACAACCGUCAACAUAUCCCCCUAAACCACCGGGCUAUCAGCCGCAGCCUUAUCCAUCACCGCCUCCUUCGUACGGGAAUCCCUGGAACAAGGGCAAGUCCGAUCCCUGGCACCAGCGAAACCUAGCGAACCAACUGGAGAUCGACAAGGAGACACAAGAAGAAUCAACCGACAGUCCAGCAUUAGAUAAUCAGCCCGCGCAUGACGCGGUGGAAACUUCAAGUUUGCCGAAUCAGUGGACGACCCUGCUCCAAACUAUACCAUCCGAAUUAAAGACGACCCCGUGCCGUGAUGGCGACGUAUACAAACUCAAUGACUUUUGCACUAAGGUGGUAGUUUGUAGGCACAGCCAACCUGAAGUGAUAGAAUGUUCACCGGGACUCUCGUACGAUAAACUAUCGGACUCUUGUUUGCCUUUCAACAUUGCAAUAUGCGAGCCUUCCGGUACACCUCCUGCUUUGCACUAAGGACAUCGAACGUAAAGAAACACGCUUAUUAAAUCACUUACCGUGUCAAUUAUCUCUUAUUUCUACUCUCUGUGCGAUAAUAUUUAAUUAAAACUUCAAGCAAUAGCUAAAGAAUACUAGUAAGCAAAUUUGAAAAUUCUCGAUUCCUCGAGAUAAUAUAAUGGAAGGAUGAAAUGAGUAAGCAAGUAGAGUAAUGUCAUUAAUGAUGUUUAGUAUUCUACUCUGCAAAUUUUGCAUUCACUUUCUUAAUGUAUCAUUGUACGAAGAAAGCGGAAGUUUUCGAAUUUGUAAAUAAAUAUAAACUAAACUUCUAU